AUGCGUUCCGAUUUUAAAAGCCGGAGGCAGGACGAUGACCUGCUUAUCAACUCUAUCUUACCAUCUUAUCAUAUGUUCGAGUCGACCAUUUCCAAGAAAUUGAUACCAAAUGAGGAAAACUUCAAGGAAGACCCCCCACUUUACGAGAUGUCUCCGUUGAAUUCAGGAGGAGUGACUCCUGUUCAUACAACACUACCUCAAAAUCCCAGUCUUUUGUCGUUUCCGUUCCCCGCAAUGCCCGAAUUGGAGGAGGGAAUCACCCAAACUUUCAAUCAAAACUCAGCCGAUUACUGGGAAUCCACAGUUCUAGCCCACGUACACAACUUGGACAAUUUAGCAGAGUCAAAUAACCCCAUGGCAAAUAACUUGGAUAUCAAGGUCUUCUUUACUGAAGAGGUUUGCCAAAAGGGUGUUAUUCCUAAUUUAAUUGACCCAUCACAUACCGAAUAUAAACAAGGGGACUAUAUUCAUGGAUACGUAACCAUUGAAAAUCAGUUCAAGGAGCCAAUACCAUUUGAUAUGGUCUACGUUGCUUUCGAAGGUAUACUCUGUGUGGUUCAGCUGGGAAAUGGCGCGAAAGACUCUCUUAAUCCACCCACGGUCGUCAAAUUCUUGAAUAUGCUCGACUUGUUCGCAUCCUGGUCUUAUGCGAACAUAGACCGUCUUGUUACUGACAGUGGAGACCCUCAUGAUUGGUGUGAAGGCGAUACAGAUCCAUGGGAUUAUACACAACUUUCAAUUGACGUUAAGAGGCUAUUUCGGCCACAUACCACCUAUAAAAGGUUUUUCUCGUUCCGCAUUCCAGAACGUCUCUUGGAUGACAAUUGUGAUGCUCAUAAUUUGGAUGCUCAUUGUACCUUACUUCCUACUCUAGGGAGAGCGUUCAAUUUGAGCUCAUCGAAACGCUUUCCGAUACAUGAUGAAAAUCAGAUCAAAGACUUGUCUUUCAUGGACUCCUUUAUUGGCUAUUCUGUGUCUGCCAGAGUCAUGGGACGUGCUUCACAGUACAAUCAUAAAGUCGAUAAGGAUAAGUAUGUCUUAGCACGGGAAACAAGCGUUCCUUUACGAGUGCUUCCUUACUCUGUGUUUCCAGAAUACAAGGAAGUUUAUGAACUGAAGAUUGACGCAUAUUACCGGGCAUAUUUAAAGACAGUCGAACAAAAAAUUGAAGAGGGCAUGCUAGUGCGUGAAAGAAUGAGACUUGAAGCAAAAACUGGGUCUUCUUCGCUUCCCUUGACCCCGUUUAAUCUGACCACUUCACGAACGUCUACAUCGGGUGCACUGGUCGUAGACAAACUAAAGCAUAUGUACAUAUGUUCUGGAAGUUAUAAAAAGGGUCACAAUAUCAAAGCUUCUGGCACAAAAUUUUAUCAACACGUCAGUGCCUACCGCAAAAAGACCAUCACCGGGUUUUCCAAAAUAUUGGGCACGAUUUCUCUCGCUACACCAAAGGCCUCGCUCAAGAUUCCAUACGUGCCUCCCCGGCAAUUCCGGAAUCCAUUGCAGGGCUACAAUACAAAAGUUAGAGUGCCAAUAGAACUUUCUUAUGCAUAUGAUUUGCGUGAAGGGAAGCAAACGCCACCCGAACCAAGGUCCAUAACUUGUGAUUUGUUGCUGAUUACCAUUCGAUCGAAAAAGCAUCCAAUUCCAAUUGAGUUCAGUCACGAUAUGUGCUUCUUUGACGAGUACGUAGAUGACAUGGGGCAAAAGAAAUCCGAUGAAUUGGAGUCUUUCGAGACCAUAGUAAUCAAAACCUUUCAAGACCACUAUUGUUCUCUUGUGUCCUUAAUGAAGGAAAUCGGAUUCAACAACGACGCUUUUAGAGUGGAGACUCUGUUAUUUAAAGGCAUCAAAAGUUUGGCUCUGGUUCAGACAAAAAAAAUCAACCUAGCAGUUCCAGACGUAAAAAUCAUGCAUGAAAAUGAAAAGGGCGCAGGGAGCUUUCUGAACUUCGCUGCUGUGCCGUGGGAACAGGUUCAAUCACAAGCUGAUCAGACCUACAAUAUUGCUUCCAAAAACUGUAUUCUUGAUAUUGAUUUUGAGAGCUGUCACUUGAAAGGAGCCCCAGAAAUUGCGCCAGGACUGUCUGCGUUUGACCUGUUAUGCUUAGUUCCUGAUUUCCAGACUUGCCAUAUGUCAAGGCUUUACUUUCUCCGUGUUACCGUAAGGCAUAAGAACGGAAUUCUGCAGGCGGUACAUGUGCCAUUGAAUAUUUUUCAGUAA